AUGUUCAAUCCCCCGAUGGGACCACCUUCGGCAAACAUUUUUCAAGCGAACCACACAGGGGGCAAAAUGUUUCGUUCAGGUAUCGACAAACCCAUCAGCCGCAGCAGGCUGUUGGAAGAGUUUCGUGCUAAUCGGUUUUCGAACCUGCAACUCAGAGAUUUGGCCAACCACAUGGUGGAAUUCGCACAAGACCAGCACGGUUCGAGGUUUAUUCAGCAGAAAUUAGAAAGAGCUGAUCCUCAAGAGAAGCAGAUGGUGUUCCAAGAAAUAAUGAGCAAUCCGAAUUCUCUCAUGACAGAUGUUUUCGGCAAUUACGUUAUUCAAAAAUUUUUCGAAUACGGUACUCCAGAGCAGAAAAGCGAACUUGCGCGAAAGUUACGGAAUCACGUUCUUUCGCUAGCCUUGCAGAUGUACGGUUGUAGGGUGAUACAGAAAGCGUUGGAAACAACUGAUGUUGAACAACAAGUAAAUUGUUUGGAUACUUUACGAAAUCUUCUCGAUUACAUCUGCGUUAAAGAUCAAAAUGGAAAUCACGUAGUGCAGAAAGUUAUCGAAACUGUAGAACCAAAGCAUCUGCAGUUUGUAAUUGAUGUAAUGUAUGAACGCCGGACAUCGAAUCGCUGUAGCUUGUUUCUGAUUGACGUAUUUACGUUAUCCACUCAUCCUUAUGGAUGUCGUGUUAUUCAACGAAUAUUAGAACAUUGUACAAAUGAGCAAAAGCGUCCUAUACUUGAGGAACUUCAUCAGCACAUGAAAAGCUUAGUGUGCGAUCAGUACGGCAACUAUGUUGUACAGCAUGUACUAGAGCAUGGGCAGCCGGAAGAUAAAGCGCGCAUCAUUAACGAAAUGAAAGGCGAGAUGCUGCGCUUUUCGCAGCACAAAUUUGCUAGGUACUUUUCAUCAUUUCUUCCCAGCGGCGGGCCGCUUCUGGCCAUGAUGAAAGAUCAGUAUGCGAAUUAUGUUGUACAGAAGAUGUUGGACAUGGGAGAUCCGCAGCAACGCAAAAAGUUGAUGCAGCACAUUCGACCGCACGUACCAUCGCUUCGCAAGUACAACUAUGGCAAACACAUAAUUGCGAAGCUUGAAAAGUACUUUCAAAAGCAGAACAAUCCGCAAGCCGCGGUCGAAAUGGGCUUGGGUCAGACAACGAUCUGA